AUGCUCAACAAUCGAUUUAAAACGAUGGACUUCUUCACCCCAGUCAGCAAGACCUACUUGAAGGCGAGGCCCGAGGAGCCUCUUUGGCAAGAAUCGAAACCAAGCAAGAAGCCCGAAGAAACUAUUAAGCAUAGCUCUGGCGCCACUACCGUUGGAGCUGUUUUGGAAAUCCUGAAGAACCAACCGGACUAUGACAGCCUUACAGCCGUUCUCAAGUCCCUCGACCAAGGCGCUAUUGACAUCGCAGGCUUCGAAGUUGCAAGGCCGAGCCCUGAGGCCGCGCAGAUUAUCCAGUGCUUGGUUACGGAAAUCGUUCCCAACUAUUGGCCAUUGCUCAAGGAAGAGACUUCUGGAAAACGGAGCAUUCAAGACGCCGACAGCCCGGGGGAUGUCGAGCUGCUGUUGAAAUGUCUGAGAAACGUUACGGGUCUCAACGCCAUCAUCACGCGCAUGAAGGCAUUGAUCCAGGAAUCCAAAGCUAGCGCCAAGGAAAUCAAGCGUCCGGACCUAGUGCUCAACUUGAAUGUGCUCCUCGAGGUUUGCUCAGCGGUCUUGGGUAACGACAAGCAUCUCGCUGCGCUGUGGACUGCAAGCAGCUCAGGACUAGACUCUGCAGCAAGUCGACGGCCAUUGUCGCACGAGUUUACGGCACUGGUUGCCGGCGGAAGGCUUGUCUCCAUUGCAAGCGAGGCAGAUGCCAUCGCCAAUCCUGACAGAACCUCGAAAGACAGCCUCUGGAUCGCAGACGGACAGCAGUACAGCACGUGGUUGGGCAGGAGCGUCGUGUGUUGGGCUAAGAGUGACAUCUCGUCUGAUGAUUCCAAGCUUUGUUCAGAAAUAUUCACACGAUCUCUUCGUCUGGGCUACUCUGACAGCCUGAUGAAGCAAAUCGUCGGAGAUAUGUUGCUCGGACCUGAGGACAGCCGCAAAGGCUUUUUCAAGAUCUUCGGCCAAUUUUCCCAGCUCGAACAAAAGAGGGUGAUCUUUGCCGUUUUGAAGCAUCUAUCAGAGGCGUUCCUCAACCAGCUAAACGACGCGGAGUUGCUGGUGCCCAAUACAGCGAUAUCGGCUGCUGCAGGCGUCAUAGAGAAAGUGGUUUCUAACGACGAAAGUCGAAAAGCCCAUCUGAUCUCCUGGCUAACCAACUCAACCGGUGCUGGUCUUGGCGAGGGCGUUGGCAUAAGGCGCGCGGUGCUGGCUGCACUCGCCCAAGACAGGGAAUGCGUUGCCCUUGUCUUUGAUAAAAGCCUUCACCAGUUUGGCGACCAACUCUACAUCAAGCACUCUCCCAUUUUGCAACAGCAAGUCCAUGCCCAAGUCCUGCUCCUGAGCGCCAGCUACGUGAACAAGCUGUCACCCUUGAAGCUUAGGAUGCUGAUGCGGUCUUCGAGCUACUUGAACACGGUCUCGAACAGAAUCGGCGCCUCACAAGAGAAAGUCAGAUUUCUGGGCAUGGUCAUUGCCGAGGCGCUUUCCAGCCUCGUCGACGGGAGCGACAAGAAGUUGGAUUUCAAGACGGAAGAGCUGGCGACCGAUGAAGCCAAGUUCUACAAAGAUCUCACCAAGACGUUGGACAACACAGGACCCAUUGACCCCUUGAUCACCCUUCCCAAAGGGGAACAGAAGACGCAACAGCCGGCGCCAAAAGCGUCUCGUCCCAAGCCUGCGCCAAAGCCGAAGCUAACAGCAACUGCCUCUUCCAAGUUUAUCAUCCAGGAAGUCUCGGAUUCAGAGAGCGAAGACGAAGGCCUCGUUCCCUACGCCAAGACCGCAGAUGAUGCUGAAGAUUCGGACGAGGAUGCGACGCUUGUCCGCCGCGACAAGCCGAAAGCUCCUGUCUACAUCCGCGACCUCAUCAGCUACCUACGGGACACCGACAACUACGAUAAACAAAAACUCGCCCUCACUACAGCACCGCCCCUGAUUCGUCGAAAGGCCAACUUCGGCACCGAGGUCUCGUCCCAUACCGACGAGCUUGCAACUCUCCUUGUUGGACUCGAGGAUAAGUUCGAGAUUGAGAGCUUCCACGAGCUCCGCCUCGAGGGCAUGGUUGCUGUCAUCGUCGCCCAACCGCAGAAGAUGGGCCAGUGGUUUGCAAAGACCUUCUUCGACGGCGACUACUCUAUCUCCCAACGCGCGUCGGUCCUCAUCGUUCUUGGCCUCAGCGCCCGCGAGCUCGCCGGUUUCGACACCUCGGAGCACGCCGCCGCCGCGUCGUUUCCUUCGAAGCGCCUCCCCGAGAGGAUGGAGUCGCUAUACCUCGAUCCCUCGCCCCCAUCAAAUCAGCUCCCUUCCGCGUCGAAUCUCAAGGCCAUCCCCGCCAACGCCCUCGACACCAUCGCCAACUCCUUGAUCUCCUCCUUUGUCGCCCCCAUAGCCGCUGGUGCAGCAGACGCAGCAACGGGCCCUGAUGCCCUCAAACUCUCGACAUUCACAUCUCGUCUUCCCAAGGUCUCCAAGAAACCCCGCAUACGCGCCAUUCCCAACACGACGGCCUCCAUGCUCGCCACAUCCUACUUUUUCCCUCUGACCGCUCGCUUCCAACAUGCACUGCGAUCCCACUCCACCCGAUCAGGAAUUUUCAUCCAGCCGUACCUUCUUUCCCUUUAUCUAAAGACUUUGGCCGUCAUCAUCCACGCCGCGGGUCCCGCUACGCUGGCUCUCCCCCAGAUGACGGCCGAGCUCUGGGAUCUGCUCCUUGGCGUACGCGCCCACGUCAACGGCGACGUCCCCGGAACGCACGCGCUGCUUGUUGCAUUAGCUGCUUUGCUUGAGGUCAAUGAGGUCUCGGACAUGCGGCGGUUGUGCGAGGCGCACCCACGCGAGGUUGUUGAGACGCAGGAAUGGGUCAGCGGAGUGUUCAGCGGCACGCGCGGCGACGACGGCGGAGAGGAAAACGAUGUCAAAAUGCUCUCCGCCGCUGUACUGAUAAAACUGCAGGAAGCGACGGAAAAGUACCGCGCGUUGCUGCUGGGUGACAUGAUUGGUUUCUCGUAG